AUGAAGAAGGCGUUCGUCGUGGUGCUUCUCGUUUUGCUCGCUGCUCCAGCUCAUGCCGACUGGUGGGACUCGGUCACAGAGACUGUGAGCAAUGGUUUGACCGGAGCCGCUGAUUGGGUCAAAGACACCGCCAGCCCAGCCAUCAGGUCCAAGUUCAACGAGGUGAAAGAAACGCUGCAAGACCCGGAAACGCAUAAGGCGGCCAAGGUUUGGAUCACAGAGAAAGCCGAGGCUGCAUCAGAAUUCACACAAACCGAAAUUCUUCCCGAACUCAAAAAGAUCUACGAGGCCGCCAAGGUGGCUGUCACCGACGACGAAUCAUCGACGCCAUCGAAAACGAUUGAUGACAAUUAA